AUGGUUCUCUUACGGUCACUUUUUGUUCCACUGGCAGCCGCUCUUGUGGCAAGCUCUUCUGAAAAGUCUGGCGGAGGUUUCAUCAUUGAACUAGAUGAGAAAUCAACCACUCUAGAUGCGUUCACGCAGAGUGCCAGCGCCAUCAACUAUACCGUCCGGCGUACUUUCAAAACCCCCGGGAUCUUCACCGGCAUUGCUAUCGAUAUAGCUGACGGCAGUGAUUUGAAAGAAGCAAAAUCACGCCUUGACGCGAUACCUGGCGUCGUCGGCGUAGCCGAUAUUAUCCAAUAUGAGAUCCCUCCGAUAAAAAGCACAUCUGUCUCUCCUCCAAGCGCUGGCUCUUCACUUACACGUCGCGGGGAUGUCUCUGGAGAUUUGGGGUUCACUCUACAAAUGGGAGGCGUUGACAAAGCCCACGCUCUAGGCAUCAAGGGAAAGGGAAUAAGUAUCGGCUUCAUUGAUACUGGAGUUUAUUAUGAUCACCCUGCCCUUGGCGGAGGCUUUGGAAGUGGCAAAAAGAUUGUCGGCGGAUACUCUUUCAUUACGGAUGAAGGACAUCUAGUUGACAGCGACGAUCCCUAUUCUGAUUGUCCUCAGUCAGACCAUGCGACACAUGUGGCAGGCAUCAUUGGAAUGGACCCAUUACAGGCCCCGGAUGGCUUCCCUAUAUCUGGCGUUGCCCCUGAGGCAUCUCUGUAUGCUUAUCGCAUCUUCGGCUGCGGUUUAGGCGGAGGCGCUAGAGAAGGGGGUACUACCGAUCUGGUCUUACAGGCAAUGCUCAAAGCUUUCGAAGAUGGGGUCGAUAUUAUCACGACUGCGCAGCAAAUCAAGAACGCUGGCGUUGCGAUUAUUGUUGCCAUGGGGAAUGACGCAUCAGGUUCGUUAUACGCAAACAACCUCUACAUCGAAACGUUCCCCGGCGAGCUUUCAAGUGUUGUUGCAGUUGCUUCAAUUGCCAACUCGAACUACCCACUGGUCUAUACAGCAACGGACAAGUACGGCGCAAAAUUUCACUAUUCAAAUCCGCAUCCUAUUUCGGCAACCGAAGGACUUGAUGUCUACUUGCUUCCGGGUGAUGCGUGUGAUACGAUUGACUGGAACGGAGUUGUCGAUGACAUUCAGACAUCGGGUAAUCUAAGCACCACCGUCAUUGCUCUGAGUGUCAGCGCGUCUUGUACGUUGUCAGGCAUAUCGUGCUGCGGCAACACAGCCCCGCCUUACUUACUUGGCUUUUACGGUAACGAUACAAAUCCAUAUGAUCUAGAUUAUGAAAGUAUCUUGCCAUACCGGUUUAAUAACGGGUCUACCCAAGCAUACACCGUGCUAGAGCCCGAUUCGGACACUUUCUUCAGCAACUACAAUGCUUCCGGCGGAUAUGGCAAGUAUAAGCUGUUCUUCGGUAACUCAACAUACAUCAACCCUAAGCAAGGGUUGGGUGGAAUUGUUGACUCAUACAGUGAUUGGGGGCCAAUUAGGCUAACGUAUGAGCUCAAACCACAAAUCGCGGCUCCAGGUGGCCAUAUUCUGUCCACGUUCCCAGAGAGCAUUGGUAGCUAUGGCGUCAUCUCUGGAACGUCAAUGGCAACACCUUACAUUGCUGCCUGCUUCGCGCUGGUAAAGUCUCAGUUCCCUGACUGGUCAGUCGAUGAAAUCUUGGUUUCAUUGCAGACUACGGCUCAGCCAACUGCUUGGGCAUGGAAUCAGAGCAUGUUGGCAGCCACUGCUCAACAGGGAGCAGGCUUAGUCAAUGUAUACGAUGCCAUUACAACAGCCACUCGCGUUUCUCCAGGACAGCUAGCUGCGACAGAUAACAAUAGCACUUCAUUCGGCUUAGUCAAUAUCACUGUUGAAAACAACGGAAACUCUACUCAAACAUACACGCUUGGUCAUCGAGGAGCAGGCUAUACGUUUGAGAACGUCGGUUACGGCGAAAGGGACCAGAUGGCCAAUUUUGGAACCGCAGAGUUUGCAACUCCUACUUUAGAGCUCGAGCCCGGUGAGACUACGGAGAUCCCUAUACGGUUGUCUUAUCCACCUCUUGGUAUCGAUGUGAGCCGGCUACCCCUCUUUUCGGGUUAUAUUGAUGUAGUUCCCGAGACAGGGGUCAAUCUGAGCAUCCCGUAUAUUGGUCCUGGCUUCUCGCCCUACAAUAUGGAUUAUAUCACUUAUCUGAAUGCUACCCCGACAUAUCCAGGUCUUCCAUGGCUCUCAUUCCCAAAUAACAGUGGAACUAACUACAACGAUGGGUUUUCUUCUGUCGAUUCAUCCAGGCAAUAUUCAUUCAGCGUACACGUCCAACAGUUCACAAAUCUCUCGAGGGUGGAUAUUGUCCCGGCAAACACAACUUUGAAGGCUCACUUCAAUGCUGCCAACUUUACCUUUCCGUCCAAUUACACAUACCUUGCUUCUUCAAACCAGCCUAAGUCGACACUGUUUGGAGAGCCAAGCUAUGGCAACCUUUGGAUCGCACAAGGACUGACACAACCCGAAUCUAUUUCCCUUGGAGGCAAAGGUUUAAAAGUCAAAGAUGACAGCGGUGCAAAUGUCACGCUAGGAUCUGGUGAUUACAGAUGGUUUUUUAGCAUCUUGAGGUUGGGUGGAGAUGCUACACUAAUCGAAGAUUAUGAUACUUGGCUGGGUCCUAUUGUUCGGCUGCUGGAUUGA